AAUGCCUUCCCUUUGACUGACAGGUGUCACAGAGGUGGGAUCCGCUGCUGACUGAGGGACAUGGAGCAGAUCGCUAGCGUUUCCGCGCUGUUCUCCCCGACCGCCGCGCUAGGGCUGCUGGUGGCGCUGCUGACCGCCGUGUUGGUGCGGUACCUUCUGCCUAAUGCCUCCCACAAGCCGCCCUACCCCCCCUGUAUCCGAGGCUGGAUCCCCUGGUUCGGCGCUGCCUUUGAGAUGGGGAAAGCGCCCCUGGAAUUCAUCGCAAGAGCCAAGGAGAAGCACGGCCCCGUGUUCACAGUGCUGGCAGCAGGGAACAGGCUUACAUUUCUCAAUGGAAAAGAAGGAGUAUCUGCAUUUUUCUCUUCUAAAGACGCCGACUUCCAGCAAGCUGUACAGAAACCUGUUCAACAUACAGCUUCAAUAAACAAGGCGGACUUCAUGAAGAGCCACUCCUCCAUUCAUGAGACGAUGAAGCUCCGCUUGUCACAGAACAGGCUGAAUCUCUACUUUGACCGGAUACGGAAUGAGUUCGGCACACGGAUAGAACUACUGGACCCAGAAGGGACUGAAGACCUUUUUACCUUGGUAAAGCAAGUCAUGUAUCCAGCGGUGGUCGAUACAUUGUUUGGCAAGGGCUUGUGUCCCACUGGGAAGGACAACCUGAAAGAGUUUGCUGAGCAUUUCUGGAAGUUUGACGAAGGCUUUGAGUAUGGCUCUCAGCUGCCGGAGUUCCUCUUGAGAGACUGGUCCCAGUCCAAACAAUGGCUACUAAGUCUGUUCAAGAAAAUCGUAAUAGAAGCAGAGAUGAACAAUCCUUUAGAGGAGACAUCAAAGACAUUGCAUCAGCACGUACUGGACACACUCAAAGGAAUCGCCACCUACAACAACAGUCUGCUGCUUCUCUGGGCAUCUCAAGCCAACGCCAAUCCGGUAACCUUUUGGACACUUGCCUUCAUUAUUUCAGAUCCGCUAGUGUACAAGACUGCCAUGGAUGAAAUAUACUCUGUAUUUGGUAAAACAGGUAACAGUCCAUUAAAUAUAAAUGAAGCUGAGCUGAAAAGGCUUCCGUUUAUCAAAAACUGCGUACUGGAGGCCAUACGGCUGAGAUCUCCCGGAGCCAUCACCAGGAAAGCUGUGCAGCCACUGAAGAUUUAUAAUUACAUCAUUCCGGCUGGAGACCUCCUGAUGCUGUCGCCUUAUUGGCUCCACCGAGACCCAGUGCUGUUUCCUGAACCAGAAAUGUUUCGGCCUGAACGUUGGAGCAAAGCAAAUUUAGAGAAGAAUGUUUUCUUGGAGGGUUUCGUGGCCUUUGGCGGAGGGAAGUAUCAGUGUCCGGGAAGAUGGUUUGCCCUGAUGGAAAUGCACAUGCUCGUCGUGAUGAUGCUCUACAAGUAUGAAUUUAGCCUCCUGGACCCGCUUCCAAAACAGAGCAAUCUUCACUUAGUGGGAACUCAGCAGCCUGAUGGACCGUGCCGUGUUCGAUACAAGCAGAGAAAAUAAAAGUUUAGUUUGGAUACUACGGUAGCGUCAAUAGAAGAUGCGCAGGAAACAGGAGAUUGUAAAGAAAUCAUUUGCAUACUAAUGGCCGCCACAGUGAUUUACAAUGUACCCUAUAAUGUACCGUAUGGAUCAGCAUUCUAGUCCUGCUCCCUUAUGUGCACCAAUAAACAAUCUUUUGUACAAAA